CCUUCAGUGACUGGUGCGUUUGAAGGCGGAUGGGAGGCGGAGGAGUGUGUCCAAUGGCGCGGCUGAGGAGGCGGUGUAUGGUGAUAGAGAGAGGCGGGCUGCAGCAGCCAGCUGUUGGAAAGCAGCGCUCCUGAACCAUCCGCUACUACUGCACCAGGUGAAUAUCUCUACAUCUACACCGAGACCAGGACACGAGGCAAAAGACUUCUGCUCGGUGAGACAUCUGCGGGUUUUUUUUUUAUUAUCUGCGACUUUUCCUGUUUGAUUGGUUCUCGAUCAAGCGGGUGAAGCUCGGAGUUGAACAGAGAUCGAAAGCAGGUGUCAGAGUGUCAGACGGCAGAAAAAAUGGGAAGAAAGAAAAUACAAAUUUCUCGUAUUCUGGACCAGAGGAAUAGACAGGUGACUUUCACCAAGCGUAAGUUUGGUCUGAUGAAGAAGGCCUAUGAGCUGAGCGUGCUGUGUGACUGUGAGAUCGCUCUCAUCAUCUUCAACAGCACCAACCGUCUGUUCCAGUACGCCAGCACAGACAUGGACAAAGUGCUGCUCAAGUACACAGAGUACAGCGAGCCACAUGAGAGUCGCACCAACACGGACAUACUGGAGACUCUGCGUAGGAAAGGCCUCGGUCUCGAUGCCUCAGAGCUCGACAGUGAGGAGAGCAUGCAGGUGGCCGCAGACAAAUAUCCUCUCAGCGAGGGCAUGGAUCUCUCAGUGGCUCGCCAGCGCAUCUAUGCUCCAUCACUCCUCUCACCGGAGGCCCAGUUCCUAGUGUCUGCAGGCUGUGAGAACGGCUUCCCUAACUCCUCUGGAUCCAGCAUGGCGUCCCACAGACCUGCAGGCUUUAAAUCUCUGACAUCCAGACCGGGCUCUGCCAGCCCUGCUGCGCCACAUGCACACACAGCGUUCACGUCUCCACACUCAGGUAUUGGCUACUCCGUGUUCUCCCAUGGCAACCUGAAUCGAGCUCUGGAUAUGAAAAGCCCUACUCCUCUGAACUUAGGCGGUGAAAACCUGCGGGGAGAUGCUGCUAAUCAGGGCAUGGGGGCCACACGUGCACACCACAGCUCUGCUAGGGGUGUCUUGUACCAGGGCCUGCACAGCGGCAGCUCCAUGGUAGCCAUGGGCAAGGCAGGGCUGCUGGGUCAUAGUUUGGGUGGCUACGGCCUCCCAUCUCAUGGAGCCUCUGAGUACAGUCAACCUAGUUUUUAUCACCCUGUUAGUCUACAACGAGAAGCAGUGAACCCCUGGCAGCCAGCACAGCCACCUCAUGAGCCCCAUGGGCCUCAUAUAAGCCCAGGGAUGUCCAGUGGAGGGUGCUCCUUCCCCUCCCAAUCUUGCUCCUCAACCUCUCCGCAUCUGCCCUCCCUCAACCUCAGCAUCAAAUCGGAGCGUAGCUCUCCUGAGCACAUGUCCUCGCCCACCUCCCCUCCUCUACACCACCUCAGGCAGCACUCUCCGAUGAGCAACCCCGAUUCGGCUCGCCUUACCCCUCCAGAAGCCCGUCCAGCCAAUGAGACGAAGGAGUUUCCCAAAGCUGGCUACCCGCAAGACGAAGAGGAAGGAGGGCAGCCGCUCAGGCAGUUACAAAUAAGUGAUGGGUGGCAGAGAUAGCUGGCUGCUGCCAUCUAACACCAUCUCCCAUUCAAUCAACUAUCUUCCAUCAAAACACCCACACACACACACACACACAGUAUAACACAGAAGAUAGCGAGAUGGGGUCGAUUUGUCCCCAUCAUCCCAGAGAGGAACGCCUCUCUUUGUCUCCUCACACAGAGCUGGUCUCUCCUGAAUUUUCUCUGCAUCACUUGAUUGAUCCCAUGAGGAGACAGAUGCAUACAGACAUUUGCUUUUUGUUUGGUUAGGUUUAGUUUUCUGUGUGGAGCAAAAAUACAAUUUGAAAUGUGUUAGUUUUGUUCUGUGACUUUGUUGAAGUUAGCUACGGCAGCACAUCGUGGACCAGCUGAAUUUCUGCAAAACCGGCUUAGCCUUUAGCCCCAAAUCAGUGACAUGGUCUCCCCACAUAAAACCAGUUAGAUAAUCACCUGUCACUGGAGCCUUGGCCUUUUUUGAAAUACACUGGGAUAUUUUAAAGGAUAAGUUCACAUUUUUCCAAGUCUGUCUUAGAACAAUACUUGCCCGUAUGUACAAAUAGUUUUUGUUUGCUGCAAUUGUUCCUCCUGUCCAUACAGGCCGUGAAGAGAUCCCUUCAUAAUGCAAUUCUAAUAUAAGAAAUCCACAGUCUUUAUUCUGUGCAGUCUAAAAUUCAGCUAAUAGGAGGCUUCAGCAGUCUGAGGUAGUGAAAUCAAGUUGGUAUCUUUACCACUUUACAGAGUAACCCAACGAGGGGGUUUUCUACUAAAAAUACUGUAACUUGAUUUAUCUGACUCAGACUGCUGAAGCCUCAUAUUAUUAUUAUUAUUAGGAUGCAGUUUUACAGAGAAUGAGGACUGUGAAUUUUGUCCCCCAUCUCAUACUGUACAUUGGAAUCACAUUAAGCAGGGGAUCUCUUCAGGGCCAGCAUGGACAGGAAGAACAAUUACAGCAAACCAAAAACUGUUUCAAUGUACAUUUGGACAUAUGGGUAUUGUUUUCAGACAGACUUGAACAAAUGUGAAUCUAUCCUUUAGAAAUCCUGGGCAUUAGUGUGUCUCAGGGACUUGGAUGAUGGCUUCUUUAGAAAAUUUAAAAACUGACUUAUUUCUAUGUGUGCUUGUAAGACUAUAAUUGUGGAUAAGCUAAGCUUUAGUUGUGUUAUUCCUCCAAAUAAUGCUAGUUCUUCUUUUUACUUUACGCGAUCAAUAAUGAAAGUUGUGGCAGUCUACUUCAACUAAAGACCAAAGUGUUUAAAUAUUGUCCCUAUGCAUUGCAAUCAAAUACUGCAACAGCCAAAGACAUUAUGUGUUUGUCUAUAUUGGGUCUAAUUUCAUUUAAGUGAUAUAAAAAUGGUAUCAAUUAUUUUCUUCAUUUGAGGCUUCAUUUAGUAACUGCAUAUUGUAGAUAUUAUUAAUGACAUUACUGUCUUAUGGUAUUUACAAAUAUAUGAGACACUGUGCAAUGAAUGAGUCUAAAUAUUCAUGGAUAUUUCAUAAAAAACACAAAUUACAUUUUUUUUAUUGAGGAAUGUUUGGUUUUCAUUAUAUCUGUAAAUGUACUUUGCACUGUAUUUUUGUGCAUUGGAUUUCUGUGUGUUUUAGUUUUACAUAUUCAACUUUUGUUCUGACAAAAUGUACUCAGAAUUCGGUUUUGAAUGAAUUUCCACUUAUUGUCCACAAGGGGACAUCUUAUUUCACAAAAUUUUGAAUGAGAGAGUGCAGAGCAGGGAAGACCAGCCUAAACUAUUGGUGAUUAAUUAUCUAAUGAAUCUCUGUGACAAGACACAGGUUCAGUGCUUCACCCUGAAGACAUUUAACAAAUAAAUCAUGACAAACUCUGCAGAGAUUCAGUGAGCCGGCUGGUGGAGGUCUUCAAGUGCUGCUGUGGAAUUAGCUCUUUUUUUCAUUUUUUAUGCAGUUAUGUGGAUUAAUAGCAGCAUGAAAAACUAAAUUAUCAGUAUUCUGAUGUUUUGGGUUGAGUUAUUAUAUGUUUGUUGAAUGCUUCACUAGCAGAACAGAGAUAGAUUUUUAUUUGACAUUUGUUGUGAUUCCUUUUAAAUAAAAAAACAGUUUGAUUUGUAUGUUUGCCCUGGCCUGCCCUGGCCUGCUUUUUUCUUUCUACAAAGGACAUUUAGUUUAUUAUCUUUCUUUUGAAAGAAAUGAAAUUUUUUUUAUUCUGUUUCCACCGGGUUUUUUUCAUGUACAUUCAGUCUGAAGACAGAUAAAAUGCUGUCCGCUGUGUAGCUAUAAAGCUUUCAUGUGUCCAUUUA